AUGCUGAACCUCUGGGCAGUCCUGCUGUUUCUCCUGGGAGCAGCCCAAGGAAAAGAGGUUUGCUAUGAUAACCUCGGAUGCUUUUCUGACACUGAGCCCUGGGCAGGGACCACUAUCAGGCCCCUAAAACUUCUCCCUUGGAGCCCUGAGAAGAUCAACACCCGCUUCCUGCUCUACACCAAUGAGAACCCAGAUGUUUUCCAGCUUCUCCAGCUCUCUGACCCAUCAACCAUCGAGUCCUCCAAUUUUCAAGUGACCAGGAAGACGCGCUUCAUCGUCCAUGGCUUCAUAGACAAAGGAGACGAGAACUGGGUGGCGGACAUGUGCAAGAACAUGUUCCAAGUGGAGGAAGUGAACUGCAUCUGUGUGGACUGGAAAAGAGGCUCUCAGACUACCUACACACAGGCUGCCAGCAACGUGCGAGUCGUGGGUGCCCAGGUGGCUCAGAUGAUCGACCUCCUUUCGUCAAACUACAGCUACUCACCCUCCAUGGUCCACCUCAUCGGCCACAGCCUGGGAGCCCAUGUGGCAGGGGAAGCAGGAAGUCGGACUCCAGGCCUAGGCAGGAUCACUGGACUGGAUCCUGUAGAAGCCAGCUUUGAGGGCACCCCGGAAGAGGUCCGGCUUGACUCCUCAGAUGCCAAGUUUGUUGAUGUGAUUCAUACGGAUGGAGCUCCCUUGAUCCCGUUCUUGGGCUUUGGAACCAACCAAAUGUUGGGUCAUCUUGACUUCUUCCCCAACGGAGGACUGAAUAUGCCCGGGUGCAAAAAGAAUGCUCUGUCACAGAUAGUGGACAUAGAUGGCAUCUGGUCAGGAGGCCGGGACUUUGUGGCUUGCAACCACCUGAGAAGCUACAAGUACUACUUGGAGAGCAUCCUUAACCCCGAUGGCUUCACUGCAUACCCCUGCACUUCCUACAGGGACUUUGAGUCUAACAAAUGCUUCCCCUGCCCAGAUGAAGGCUGCCCACAGAUGGGUCACUAUGCUGAUAAGUUUGUCGGCCGGACAAGUGAGGAGCCACAGAAGUUCUUCUUGAACACAGGAGACACCAAAAACUUUGCACGUUGGAGGUACCGGGUCUCCUUGACACUGUCUGGAAGACUGGCCACAGGGCAGGUCAAAGUGGCCCUGUUCGGAAGUAAGGGUAACACUCGCCAAUACGAUGUCUUCAGUGGCAUUAUGAAGCCAGGUGCUACACACUCCAACGAGUUCGAUGCCAGGCUUGAUGUGGGGACGAUUGAGAAAGUCAAGUUUCUUUGGAAUAAUCACGUGGUAAAUCCCAGCCUCCCCAAAGUGGGCGCAGCCAAGAUCACCGUGCAAAAGGGAGAGGACCAGACAGAGUACAACUUCUGCAGUAAAGAUACUGUGAGAGAGGACAUUUUGCUCACACUCCUGCCAUGUGGCGCCCCGGACACAAUGUGACCUCUUGUUACCACCAAUAAAGUCCUCUGU